AUGUCUAACAUCGGUCUCAACGAUCUGGCCAAGGAGCACAAGCUCGAGCAAGAUCACAAACGCGAAUUGGACCAGAAGCAUAAGUGGGCCCUCGGAGAAGGGCUCCCAACCCGGGGACACCCUAGCAGACGCCCUGCAAAGCCAUACCCCACGAGCUACAGCAGGGCGGUCCGACGCGAGGUUGAAUUCCAGCAGAACAAAGCUGCCCAAGUCGCUAAGAUCUCUCGCAAACACGAAUCUCGCUUUGACCACGAUACCUGCACCUCCGACUCUUCGACCGAGGAAGAUGUCAAAGAAGCAUCAGCUGCGCCAGAGCUUGACGCUGGCUAUACCUACUCUUACGAUGCACCGCGAGGCCCUGGUAAAGGCAGCCAAAUUCUUGGUAUUGCCCUAGCAAAGGCGGUGGAGAAGUUCGAGACCAAGGCAAUGGAGAAGCUGGUCAAAGAGGAGUACGAGGUUGUUGGCAAUGAGAAGGAGGAUACGCAUGCGGGAUAUGCCGCUGACGAUGAUGACUUUGAGCUUGUGUAA